AUGUCGGGCAAAACGGACCGUUUCCUUGUAACUGCAGAUGAGGGGAUCCUGCACGCUUCUGGAAAUGGUGUGCCUCCAGCAGCAAAGGAUUACUGCAUAAUUUACAAUUCUAAUUGGGUAUCUCUUCCAAAGAGCCUGGACAAUGCUACUUUCAGGACUCUGGAAAACCUGACUUCUACAGUACUCUGCAAUUCUUCUGAAGUUCCUUCUGGCCUAAUGAAGGACAAAGCAGUUGUAGUGAUGAGAGGAAACUGCACUUUUUUGGAGAAAGCAAGAAUUGCACAAAGUUUGGGUGCUAAAAUGCUGUUGAUUGCCAGUAAACCUAGGCUGUCUCCUCUGUCAGAUAACAAGACUGAUUUUGAAGAUGUGACUCUUCCAGUUGCUCUUAUAAGAUAUAAUGACAUAGUAGAUAUGCAGUUGACACUUGGAAAUGAAGUUAAUGUGACUCUGUAUUCACCACCUUUGCCAGAGUUUGAUUGCAGUAUGGUUGUCAUCUUCCUAAUUGCUGUUUUUACGGUGGCACUAGGAGGCUACUGGAGCGGAGUAGCAGAACUUGAGAAUUUGAAAGCAAUAGCGAGUCCUGGGGAGAGAGAAACAAGACGGAAGAAGGAAGAAAAUGUUACUUUCACCCCUGUAACAGUUAUCUUGUUUGUUGUCAUCUGUUGUGUCAUGCUGGUCUUACUUUAUUUCUUCUACAAAUGGCUAGUGUAUGUUAUAAUAUCAGUCUUCUGCUUGGCAUCUGCAAUGAGUCUAUACAACUGUCUUGCAGCAUUAAUAGGAGAAAUACCAUUUGGGCAGUGCAGGAUUGCAUGUUGCAACAAAAACAUUGAAGUGAGGCUUAUUUUUCUUGCUGUAUUCUGCAUAGCAGCAGCUGUUGUCUGGGCAGUGUUCCGAAAUGAAGAUAGGUGGGCUUGGAUUUUGCAAGAUAUUUUGGGAGUUGCUUUCUGCCUAAACUUUAUUAAAACACUGAAAAUGCCCAACUUUAAGUCCUGUGUGAUACUUCUAGGCCUUCUUCUUCUAUACGAUGUAUUUUUUGUCUUCAUAACACCAUUUAUCACAAAGAAUGGGGCAAGUAUAAUGGUUGAAGUUGCAGCUGGUCCUUUUGGAAACAGUGAAAAGAAUGAUGGAAACUUGGUGGAAGUGCCUACUGAACGCUCAGCUCCCCAUGAGAAAUUACCUGUGGUUAUUAGAGUGCCUAGACUUGAAUACUCUGCAUCGACACUGUGUGACAUGCCAUUUUCGUUGUUGGGUUUUGGAGACAUUAUUGUCCCAGGGCUUCUGGUUGCCUAUUGUCGAAGAUUUGAUGUUCAAACAGGUUCAUCUUCUGUAUACUACAUUUCCUGUACAAUAGCUUAUGCCAUUGGUAUGGUGCUGACUUUCAUUGUUUUGGCAUUAAUGAAGAUGGGACAACCUGCCCUACUCUAUCUUGUACCAUGUACACUCAUUACUAGCUCGCUUGUUGCUUGGAGGCGCAAAGAGAUGAAGAAGUUUUGGAAAGGAAGCAGUUACCAGGUAUCGGACUCCUCCAGGACGCCUUUGCUACAAGAUGAUGGAACACCUGGAUUAUACAGGAAAUGAAGAAACCACAGCAUCAGCCAGUGAACAGCCUGGAGGACAAUAACAUGCAGGAUCCUGAUUUAAAAUAGUAUUCAAAUUUUCUACAAAGGAAUUAGAGUAAAUUUGGUGAAGUUUUACAACAGAGUAUUUCCUACUCUGUGUAAAAGGGUUUUUUUACUCCCGCACCUAUAUUUUUAUGGAAAAUAUUGUUAAUAACAUAAAAGUAAUCAAAAUAGACUUGCAUUUUUACAGCCAAACCAUAGCUAGUAAAACCGUGCCUUAUUUCAAUUUAAAUAAAAGGAUAUUUUCUAUGCAA